CCGAACUCAGGCCCAUAUGCUAGUUGCAUCCCCUUCGGGUUCUCCCUGCGGUGUUUCUUUGCAUCAGCACUGCUCUGUAGAUUCUUAAUGCUUUUGCUUCUAGUGGAAUUUCCUCAGCUAUCGGUCCUUGGAAAAUCACUUCAGAGAAACCUUCUUUCUGUCCAAAUCGAUCUGGGAGUCACAACGAGUUUAGGCCUCUUAGACAAGCGGGUUUCAUUUUAAACAUGGCUGUGGUCGAUGUAAUCAAAUCAUGCCUUGAUUCCAUUUCCCAAAUAUCAGAGCAUGUUGAGGGUGCCAUUCUUUAUCUCGAUUCUGGAUGCACGGAAAGUUUCCAAUUCGCUGGAGCAUUUCCUGUGCUGCUCAAACUUGGAGUGAGAGCUAUUUGCAGCCUGGAAAACAUGUGUUCGCUUGAUUCGGUGGUUAAUUGGAACUCAAAUUCCGAUCCUGCAUUGAAAAUUGUGGUUAUGACAUCUCGUCUACUAAGCGAUGCACAUCGAUAUAUUCUACGUUGCCUGAGUACACAUAAAGGUGUUCAUCAAUGUACAGUAUUUACAUCUAUCUCUGAGCUAGCCCAAUCAGCGUACCCUGAUUCACCUCUGGGACCAGAUGCAUUCCAUGAGUAUGAAAUCUUGCUUCUUCAAGAUUAUGAGGAGAUUGUAAAGAAGAGUCAGAAAAAAGCUUCGCACCCAGAGGUUAGCAACUUCCAGGAAAGUUUAACAUUUGAAGAUGAAGGAUGGUCACGGCUCACAUCCAGUGAAGAGGCUGUCUCUCACUCUGAAGCUACUUCAAGUGGGAAAUAUUUUUUUGGAGAUAGCCAUACAGAAUAUUUAGGGAAAAAACUGGUCGUUUUGGUGCAUCACUUUCCCAUGAUUUUGUGUCCCUUUUCUCCUAAAGUUUUUGUGUUGCCUUCAGAGGGUUCAGUUUCUGAAGCAUACUUGUCAGCCAAACAUGAGGAUUCUCUUAGCCCUGGAUUGCCUCCUAUAAGUACUGGAGUGCCUCCUGAUGGUGAUGAUGUUCCUCCUGGGGCCCUUCUUACAGCGCAUUUUCUUUACCAUCUGGUUGCUAAGAUGGACCUGAAAAUGGAAAUAUUUUCCCUUGGUGAUUUAUCAAAGACUGUUGGGAAGAUUAUGACAGACAUGUCAAGUCUUUAUGAUGUGGGGCGCCGUAAACGUUCUGCUGGGCUGUUACUCAUUGAUCGCACACUUGAUCUCCUUACUCCAUGCUGCCAUGGGGAUUCACUUGUUGAUUGUAUGUUUUCAUCUUUGCCCCGAAGAGAAAGAACAACAUCCUAUUCCUCCAUGAAAGGUUCAAAAACCCAACUCAAACUUGUUCCUUCUAGCCUACAACGUGCACCUCUUGAUGUUCAGAUACCUCUUGGAAAAAUAUUACAAGAAGAAAAAUCCGAUACAAAUGAUGAUGUUCAGAUACCUCUUAGAAAAAUAUUACAAGAAGAAAAAUCCGAUACAAAUGAUUCUCAGCUCGCAGAAAGAAUUGAAGCUUUUCUGGGUGGGUGGGAUGCCUGCAAUUCUUCUCCUGAAACUGUGGACUUAGUAAAUCUCUGCAAUAAAGUUCAUGAUGGGAAGUCCUUUCUCUCUGAGAUUCAGCUGCUCAAUGGAUCCUUUGUUUCCACUGAAACAUUUCGUGGAACACCAUUUAUGGAAGCUAUUUUGGACAGAAGAACAAAAGAUGGAGCAUUGCUGGUAAAGAAGUUGCUUCAGGAAACACUACGUCGGCAAAAUAUCACUGUUAAUGUAAAAAUUCGUCCUGGUUUUGUUACAAAAUCAGAGUUGCAACCUAUGAUCAGAGCACUGGCAAAAAGCCAGUCAUCAUUAAUCAGAAAUAAAGGAAUAAUUCAGUUAGGAGCAGCUGUACUUGUGGCGCUUGAUGAAUUAAAUAGUGCCAGAUGGAAUGCAUUUGCCAGUGCUGAGAAAAUAUUGAGUGCCACUGCAGGAGAUACAAGCCAGAGUCUUGGCGCUCAAAUUGGUGAUCUUAUCCAUAAGAGUACUAUGCUGGGAUCAGAUGGAGACAAGAAAACAGAGCAUUUGCAAGGGUUACUUUCUUUUAAAGAUGCUUUGCUCCUUAUGACAGUGGGAUAUAUAUUAGCUGGUGAGAAUUUCCCUACAUCUGGGUCUGGUGGCCCAUUUUCUUGGAAAGAGGAGCAUUUUCUAAAGGAAGCUAUUGUGGAUGCGAUUCUCAAAAAUGCACCAGUGGUGAAACUUAAGUUUCUCGAUGGUCUAACAGAAGAGCUUGAGGCUAACUUAAACAGAAAAAAGUCUGAAGACAAUAUAGAAGCGUUUUCUGAUCAGUUAGAAUUUGAUGACGAUCAAUGGGGCAAAUGGGGUGAUGAAGAAGAAGAUGAUGAUGAUAAGAAUGAUAAAAAACAGGCAUAUAGUGACAUGCAGCUGAAGCUGGAGUUGCUUGACAGGGUGGACAACCUUUUCAAAUCUCUUCACAAGUUAUCUACUGUUAAGAGGAAUUUAUCACUGCGAGAAGGGACAUUUUCUUCGGAAAGUAACUUCACUGGUGAUUCUGACUCAAAUAAGAGUUUAAUCUAUAAGCUUCUGAUCAGAGUGUUGGGAAAGUAUGAUGUACCCGGCUUGGAGUACCAUUCCACUACCGUGGGGCGACUUUUUAAAAGUGGAUUUGGAAGAUUUGGUCUUGGACAGACAAAACCAAGUCUGGCCGACCAAAAUAUCAUUAUGGUUUUUGUAGUUGGGGGCAUCAACGCGGCUGAGGUGCGUGAAGUUCAAGAGGCAUUAUCUGAGAGUGGAAGACCUGAUGUAGAAUUGAUUCUUGGUGGAACAACAUUCUUAACUCCUGACGACAUGCUCACCUUACUAAUGGGGGACUCUAGCUACAUGUGAUUCUGUAGAACAUUUCUGUAACUUAUUAAAGAUAGAUACAAAGAAAAUAAGAGGUAAAACUCAUUUUUUGCGCCAUGUGCUCUUACCAAUUUAUCAAAAAGCCCCUUCAUUAUUACUUUGGUCAAUUGAGCUUCUAUAUUUUCUAUUUCAAUCAAGUGAACAUAGCAUACCA